GAUGUUUCGUGUUAGCUAGCAGACAACCAGAAGGUCGAGCAGAGACUCAGGCAGCUAGGGAGCUUAUCUUAGUUAACUACCUUAAUUCACACAAUCUCUAGUUAAUAGAGAGACUCAGAGUUUAAAACUUGGUUGUAGUUUAUUAUAUCGUUCAAAAUGCCGAGAGGAAGCCGCAGCCGAACCUCCAGGAUGGCUCCCCCGAGCUACUCCUCCCGCCCAGCACCAUCACCCCCUCCAAUGGCCAGAGCUGCACCUCCUCCAUCCUAUGCACCAGCUCCUGCCCCUCCGUCUGCUGUGGCUGCUCCUGCAGCAGCACCUAGACAGCCAGGGAUGUUUGCCCAGAUGGCUACCACUGCUGCGGGCGUAGCAGUUGGCUCUGCCGUUGGACACACUAUAGGCCAUGCCAUGACCGGUGGCUUUGGUGGUGGUGGUGGUGGAAGCUCAGAGGCUGCCAGGCCUGAUGUCACCUAUCAGGAACCCUAUCAGGCUCAGCCCAUGUACCAGCAGCAGCAGCCAAUGUAUCAGCAGGACCAGGCACAUCAGAACCCCUGCUCGUAUGAGCUCAAGCAGUUCAUCGAGUGUGCUCAGACACAGAGCGACCUCAAACUCUGCGAGGGAUUUAGUGAAGUGCUCAAACAAUGCAAAUUCUCCAACGGGAUGUCAUGAGUUUGCAGUUUGUGACUGGAAAAACACAUUCUACAUCAGUAAUACAGUUUAAUUAAAGAAGAGUGCAAGAAGAGACCUAACAUUGUUACUAUUUCUGUUAAGGAACCAUUGUAAUUAUGCUGUAUAAGACUUGUGUGUAAUAGAUAUGUACAUUUUAAUGAUGGCAAUGAUUCAAUGCAUAUUUUCAGCUUUCUGUAGUUUCAGAAAUGUAAUGUUAAUGAACAACAAAAAAAAAACAAUAAACUAUAAAACCACUCUUUGAA